AUGGAGAACCAGCAGAAGGAAGAUAUCCAAGAAUUAUGCAAGGCUGGAUGUGGAUUUUUCGGCGCAAAACAUCAACAAGGAUAUUGCUCGAUUUUCAAAAGCACAAAAGUCUUGAUUCCCGAAAUCGUAAUUUCCGUUUGCUUCAAGGAAAAGCAAUCACGUGAUACCAAUUCGGCCCCAGCACCUGCAUCAACUGUUGUCCCAAGCGAAGAGAAAAAACCUGAAAUGCCCAGCCCAUCAUCAAACGGUAGAAAACGAAAACAUGAGGAGACUAACAAGAGCUCGGAACAAGAGGCCACCCGUCUACCUUCAACCGAUUCGGAGAGCCAGAAGAAAGUCACCGACUCCAUGGCGGACAUGAACGUCAACCCAUCUACCUCAUUGCCCAUCCCAUCAGCCAGCCCAGUCAAGGUCGAGGACGAAGCCUCGACUCCCGAAUCAUCCAGCGCUGAACCAAAAUCGCCCAGCGUCGUCGCCGAAGACUCCCCCGCUGCUCCACCAGCGAAGAAAGCAAAGAAGCGAUGCGGCGUUUGCAAAAAGAAGCUCGGCCUUACUGGCUUCGAGUGUAGAUGCGGCUUGUUAUUCUGUGGCGUUCACAGAUAUUCCGACAAGCAUGAUUGUUCAUUCGACUACAAGGAAAAUGGAAGAGCUGAAUUGGCCAAAGCCAACCAGGCGUGCGUCGCCGAGAAAAUCAACAAGUUGUAA